UAUAUGUAUAAGAAGAUUGCUCAAAAAAGGACAUAAUGACAUAAAUUAAAAGCAAAUAACAUUUUGAAAUUGAAUUAUUAAUGUUAGUUUAAAACAUUAAGGUUAUGAUAACUUCAGGUUUAACCGUUAUAACCCAAACUGAAAUAAAACUGGAGAGUUAAAGUGAUUUACUUAGAAAUAUAGUGUGCUUGGGUCACACAAAGGUUUAACCAAUGGUUCAACUGAAGAACAACUGUCACUCAAGACUGUCACUAAGGGAACGGUGACCAUUCCACACCCAUCCCCCUUUGUUUUGCACUAGGUGAGGGGCAGAGAAGAGCCUCAGACAGAUUUUAACACCUCAGGACAAUGAGCACUAGAAAAAGGAGUGAUGUUUGGUCUCAUUUUGUGGCAACUACAGCCACUGAAGCAAAAUGCAACAUAUGCAAAAAAGGUUUUUCAAUUAAAGGAGGAAGCACUUCUAAUUUGAGAAGGCACCUUAAAUCUGCACAUCCUACGGUGCUGUUAUCACAAGUUAGAACAGAGACUGAAGAUGAUAGCCCUGCUGCAGCUGGAGCGGUUUCUACCACCAGCACUUUUUCUGCUGGACCUUUGACUGCUUUAGCUGGCACGCUGACCACAUCUACAGCAUCCAGUACACCAGCAGCAGCCACCAUCAUCCAAGGAGCAGUUAGGCCAAGGAGGCCACAACAACAAACUUCAAUGAGCAGUUUUGUAACAAGACCAAUGGAUCCAUUAAGACAAAGCAAACUUGAUGAGGCUCUGGUGAGAAUGAUUGCUUGUGACUUUCAGCCAUUUUCUAUAGUGGAGGACAAGGGCUUUAAGGAGUAUUCACAUCUUCUGGACCCGUCAUACAGUCUACCUAGCAGAAAAACAUUAUCAAAAACUGUAAUGCCUAGGCUGUAUGACAAAUUAAGAAGUGAUAUAAUGGACAAAAUCAAGACUGCCUCUGCUGUUUGUCUCACAACAGACUGCUGGACCUCUUUGACUACAACAAGUUAUAUGACUGUGACAUGUCAUUUCAUAGAGGACUUUCAGAUGACCUCCUAUCUCCUGGACUGCUUUGUUUUGACAGACAGACACACUGCUGCUUACCUGGCAAGUGAGCUGACAAGGGUUACAAAUGAAUGGGGUGUGGGUGACAAAAUUGUAGCUUGUGUCACAGACAACGCCAGCAACAUAGUUUCAGCCCUGAAAGACCAUCUCCACUGGGACCACAUACCUUGUUUUGCCCAUAUGCUGAACCUCAUUGUCAGAGCUGCAUUGAAGGAGGUCCAAACUAUAUUGCAAAAGGUCAAAACAAUAGUUGAAUACUUCCACAGAAGUACAGUUGCUUCAGACAAGCUCAAGGCCACACAAAAACAGAUGGGUCAAGAGCCGUUGAGGUUAAAACAGGAUGUGGCCACAAGGUGGAAUUCAACAUAUUACAUGUUGAAAAGAUUUACAGAAAUCAAAGAUCCGAUCAUCUCCACCCUGGCACUAACUAAUGCAUCUCUGCCAAGCUUGUCACCAGAGGAAUGGAACAUUUCCAGAGAAAUAUUGGACAUCAUUAAGCCAUUUGAAGAGGUCACCACAGAAGUGAGUGCAGAAAAGUUUGUGACUGCAUCCAAAGUCAUUUUGAUGACAAGAGGUCUUCAGAGGAUUGUUGCCCGAUAUCAAAGAAAUCCCUCCAGCUUUGACCCUGUUAAAAAACUAGUGGAUGCCCUGAUGUCAGAAAUGACUAAGAGGUUUGGCAGAGUGGAACACAUUGAAAAGCUUGCUGAUGCUACUUGCCUGGACCCAAGGUUCAAAAAGCAAGCUUUUGUCAAUCACCAGGCAGCAGAAGAGACAGUAAAGAGGAUUAUUGCAGCUGCAGCAGCUAUUAACCCAGCUCAGAGUGAGGAGGAUACUUCAGAUCCUGGUGCGACUGCCAGUGCAGGGGCCAUGUUUUGGGAAGAUUUUGAUGAGAGGGUAGCAAGCUUGAGGCCUUCUGCUACCUCUUCUAAGACCUCAGAUGCGAUGAUGGAGAUGCGGGCCUACCUUGCAGAGCCACUCUUACCCCGCACAUCAGACCCUCUGUCCUGGUGGAGGAGAUGUUCACCCGUUUACAAAAGCCUUUCUGAAGUCACGAAGAAAAGACUUUGUAUUGUGGCCACAUCCGUGCCAUCUGAAAGAAUUUUUUCUAAAACUGGGCAGAUUAUAUCUGAUAGAAGAAACAGACUCAGCCCAUCCAAGGUCCGGGAGCUUGUUUUUUUGAAUGCAAACAUGCCUUAAAGUCAUGUUUGCAAAAAUAUAGCCACAUUGUAUUAUUUAUUUUAAAGCUUAUUUAUUUUUAUUUAUUUUAAAAAAGACUAGCGGCCUUGUUGUGCAAUAUUUAGUUUUUCUUUUUUUUUAUACGGUACUUUUAAAGUUUAUUUGUUAAGGUUAUUAGACCCUGUGGCUUUAUUAUCUUUUAAUUUUAAUUUUCCUCUUUGUUAAAAAGCUUUUCUGGGACAUAAAUAAACAAUAAACAACAAUUAAAAAGUAUGUACACAGUGUUUUUUUUUAUUUUUAUAAAGUGUCAUAUGUUACAAAAGUAUUGUUUACACAGACAACCUGAUUUAAUAACUGCACAAUUACACAAAAACAAACAAACAAACAGAGAGAGAGAGAGAAAAAAUAUCAACAUUUUAAGCAUAACCAACUCUUUAUUUCCACAUUCAGUGUUAUGGAAAAGUACCAUCAUGACAGAAAUUAAAAGCAACAAUUUGAAACCAGAAAUGCAUGACGUAACUGUAAGAGUAAAUAAUAACAAUAAUAAUAAUAAUAAGUACUACGCACCCAUUUGUAAGGAAAGUAGUAAAUUAACUAAUUAGCCAAUGUUGUCACGUCACGGGACAAAAGAACGACCAACCCGAAGAACCGAAAGAUGAACUAAUCAAUUCUCUUUCCGGCUCAAUACUGCAUUCUUUUACUAUCUAUGGUUUUAGCGUAUGGGUCUGUCACGUGAUUAAGGAAUGACUCGACCCGAAGACUCAUGAGAUGAACUAAUCAAUUCUCUUUCCGGCUCAUACUGCAUUGGUUUUAGUGUAUUG